CAGUCCCUAUACAAAGCCAAGCACAAGAUGUUUAUGUCCUUGUCAGUGUUCAAGAUGGUAUUUGACUUUUUUUAGCAGCUUGUGCUGCAACUUGAGGCAGCUGAAACUAGUUUCUGCAGCGUCAGCCAGUUGAACUUUGACCAGUGGCCUGCACUCAAAGACUGUUCUCAAUGACUUUUACAGUGCACGGUGGUUAUUUGUCAUUGUUUGUCACUAGUGCUAAAUUAACUUCAAGAAAGUUAAGUUGAAAGUUAAAGUUCAAUCCAUUGGCGGUGAUUUAUGAUUUGUUGGUUUUAGUGGCUAUGCAGCUUCCACUUUUAAACAUGGGAAAAUGUGUAGAAAUACAGAUUCUCAUUAGAAAUGUUAUUUCGUCAAGAUGUGUUCUUUCCAAAGUAAAAGGUGGAUUAUUUUAGACUGAAACAAAUUAAGGAAAAAUUAAAAGUAGCAGCACAUAUUUGACAUGACCAUGUGCUAAGCUUUUUGUAGCUCAGUUGCACUUUCUUUGCUGAUUUUUAUUUAUUUUAUUGAUGAAAAACAACAAUUAUUCAAUGCACACUGCCAUCAUAAUAAUCAAAUUUUUGUUUGGCUGCACUUGCCUAAGUUUCCGAAGGCCUAGAGUCGGCUACUCAAAGCAUCUGAUACAGGCUGAUCAGAUUUACGGAUGUUGUUAACUAGAAUUAACUUGUUUUGAUCUUGGUGCAAAGCAUGCUGGGAGCGUGGGGCUUAUGUCAAGCGACGGCAACAGGGGUAUAAAACCCUGCGCACAGAUGAAUAUUAGCAUAGUGCGCAAACAGGAACUUACUUUCAAUCCGAUUUUACAUACUCGUUCUCAUCACUACUACUAAUUAACAUCGGCAGCCAUGGUUCUAGAGGACUCUGAUAUGGAAUUAGUAUUCGAGAUAGAAGUCACUGAACAUGAUGUGGAGACUCCAUAUGGCAGAGUCCACUGUACCAUGAAAGGUGUUCCUAAGGGUGACCGGCCCGUCAUCCUCACCUACCAUGAUAUUGGACUGAACCAUAAAAGCUGCUUUGACACCUUGUUCAACCAUGAGGAUAUGCAGGAGAUCAUGCAGCAUUUUGCUGUGUGUCAUGUAGAUGCACCAGGGCAGCAAGAAGGAGCAAACACUUUCUCCAUUGGAUAUGAAUACCCUUCCAUGGACCAUCUGUCUGAGACACUUCCAUCAAUCCUUAAACAUUUCGGACUGAAGAGUGUGAUUGGCAUGGCUGUUGGUGCGGGUGCUUAUAUCCUUGCUAAGUUUGCGUUGGACCACCCUGCUAUGGUGGAAGGCCUUGUGCUAAUAAACAUAAACCCAUGCGCUGAGGGCUGGAUGGACUGGGCAGCACACAAAAUCUCUGGUUGGACUCAUGCCAUGCCUGACAUGAUCAUCUCUCACCUGUUUGGAAAGGAGGAAAUCCAGCAGAACCAUGAACUCAUUGGCAGAUACCGUCACCACGUUGUGAAUGACAUGAACCAGUUCAAUCUGCAGCUCUUUGUCAAGUGCUACAACAGCCGAAGAGACCUGGAAAUCGAGAGGCCUGUACCUGGUGGCCAUGUCAAUGUCAGAACUCUAAAGUGUCCUGCACUCCUGGUAGUUGGAGACAGUUCCCCAGCAGUGGAUGUUGUGGUUGAGUGCAACACAAAGCUGGACCCGACCAAAACCACACUGCUUAAGAUGGCUGACUGUGGAGGCUUGCCUCAGGUCGACCAGCCUGGGAAGCUAACAGAGGCUUUCAAGUACUUCAUUCAGGGCAUGGGUUACAUGCCCUCUGCCAGCAUGACCCGCCUGGUCCGUUCCCGCACAGCAUCCGGCUCCAGCGUCACUUCCUUUGACGGCAACCGCAGCAGGUCGCACACUAACGAGGGCAACCGCAGUCGCUCCCACACCAACGAGGGCCGUGCCCGAGCCCACACCUCAGACAACCAACGCACACAUCCACACACUGACAACAUGGACAGUUCUGUGGACCAGGCUCCCAAGUCCACCGAAGUGUCCUGUUAGACUGGUGACCUCGUCUCCAGUCCAUCUCACAUAUGCAUUAACCUUUCUGUUCUGACUGUGCUGCGCUGCCACUAACUACACACUCAACAGGACCGCCGCAUGCUGCUGUGCUGUUUCCCUCAGGGGUCUUGCACUGUUUUAUUUGUCAGAGGGCAUUUAUGCCAAAGUGUCUUGUGUUUAAGACUAUAUUUCCUGGGGAAAUGCUGAAGAAGGAGUGGAUUAAGGAGAGGAUGAUGGAGUUAUUUCUUUUUUUGUUUUUGCACUCUGCGCAAUGGCUGUCUUGUUGUUGUUGUUAGAGGCAAUGCAGCACAGAGACAUUUUGAUGGUCAUUAUCCAAGUAAGCUAAGCACUGAAAAGGGCACAUUUGUAAAUUUAUGUUGAUCUCUAGUCUGCAAUUAAUUUUCUUUUGUCAAAUUAUUAUACCAAUUUUAUAUGCUAGAUUAAAUGCAUAAUUAAGUGUAUAAUCUGUAUAUGUUGAAAUGGACCUCAUUGAAUGGAAAAGGGAUUGAUUGACCACAGAUUAUAGAUGGUGGCAUUUUUUCAUGAUGCUAACCUACCUUAUAAAACUUAGGCAUAAGCUCAUAAUGUGUUUAUUUGCAUUUUCCUUGCUGGUAGUGUCCCAUUAUUUUGGGUUAUAUCUGUAACUCAGUGAUUGAUGCUCUCGAAAGUGAUUAUAAAUGAUUUUUACGGGAUCAAAUGUUUUAAAAAAAAUCUGUAGUUUAAAUUCAACAAAACAAAUUUGUAGAUAUAAGAAGACAGGAAAAUUACUGUAUAUGAGUGAUAUUUUUGUUGUUUUUUGUUUGUAAUGAUGUUGAUUUCUAUGCAAUCAAGCACAACAGAACAAAAUGUGCCAUGGAGUCCUCUACUUGGACUGGAUGCUUUUUUUUUCUCAAGGCUUUGAAAGAGUAAAAUGAAGGAUUGCUCAGAAAAAGAUAAUAUAAGCAACUGACCUGCUCUUUCACACACACUCAAACAAAUGCUUGCAGCUUGGUAAAGCACUCUGCUUUGUAAAGAUGUAAAACAAUCUGAUGCACUGCAUUUUUAAUGGAAUAACAGUUUGUAUUUAUUUGAAAAAAAAAAGGAAAAUAAAAAGCUGGUUACUAAA